AUGAAUUUUACAUAUUAAAAUUUUGUUCAUGUACUUUCAAUCUAAACAAAAACUAAAAUCGGAGUCAUUAAAAUGCUUAUGAUACUUGAGUUUGUUCAAAAUGUUGCGUUGUGUUUUCCAUAACAUGGGUGGCAGUAACUCAAAUAUGAUGAUAAGAUGUUAAGCAGCAUUCAAUAGAUAACUAAUUACUCACUCUUUAUAGAUAGAAAUCACACUGAAUACUUAUUAGAAGUUUUCAUCAUAUCACUUUCAUUAAUCUAUUUUAUAAUGCUGUUUAUAUACUUUCAUUCUCCUAAACAGCAGAAAAUUUCAUAACUAACAAGCAUUACUUUGAAUAUUUUCUAAAAGUUAUUUAGAAUUCCUCUUAUAGUGACUUAUAUUAAUUUUAUGAAUCACAAUUCGUCAGGCUUUAUGGAAAUAAUUAUUACUCUUUUGAUUUUUGCAUUAUUUUUGAUAUUCUUAACCGCAACCACAUACUUUCAAAGGGACAUAGCAAUCAAUUUUAGUAAACGAUAAUUUCCACUUAAUCAAUUCUAUACUCCUUACUUAUAUGCAAUUUAUAUAUUAGAUAUAAUUAGAAUUUUUAUAUUUGUUGUAAUUAAUACUUAAACUGGAUUUGUCAUAUUUUAUUUGCUUACAAUUAUAACCUAGAUUCUGACUCAAUACCACAAUUUAUUUUAGUAAAAUGAUCCCCACAACUUUAAUUAAGGCUUAAUUGCUUGCAAUUUAAUCAUUUCAGUAUUUCUCUUACUGGGAUUGGGUAUAGCAUAAUUGUUAGUUUUAAUUUUUAAUAUAUUACUUUACAUGACAACAUUGUCAUUUUACUUAUCUACUCAAAUUAAUCUCUUUAGAUUUAUUAAAUCCAACAACAUUCUCCAUGUAAUAGAGAAUAAGAUUAAAUUAAAUUUUAAUCCGUUAUUUUUAAAAUAGGACACUUAAUAUAAAUCAGAUAAUGGAUCUUAUCUUAAUUUCAUUAAAUAAAUUGUUGAAAAUGAAAUAAAAAGCAAUCACUAUUUUUAGAAUGAAAAUAAUGUUUUGAUAUUAUUUGACUAUCUGACCAAAAGUGAGUAAAGCUAUUUUUAAGCCUUAUUCAUUCUCAAUAAAUUUGAGUACUAGUAAAAUAAAUUAUCCUUUUUUUAUAAGAGUUAUAAUGAAUUCUAUAAAAGCUCCAUUUAAUAGGAAAUUACGCAAGUUAACAAAUCAACAUUAAUGAUUUAAUAAUUAAAUAGGGAUCUCCUAAUAGAAAUGGAAUAUUCAAAGAGAUUUACUAAUAUUCUUACUAAAUAAAUUGAUCUUCUCUCUAAUUUAAUAUAGGGCAGUAAGAAUUUUGCUGAAGUUGGUAGCAGAAUUGUUAAAGUUUCCUAAUCUAUUUAAAAUACUUAAAGAUGGCUUAAAAAAAAUAAUGUCCUUGAGAAUAGAACAAAUGUUAUUUAUUUAAAAAUCUCAAUUAAUUUUAACUCUGUGAUUAUGUAAAACUAUGGACAAGCUAUAAAACAGAAGAAAAUCAUUAAGAAAAUAUUGGAAAGUGAUCAUAAAACCUUAGAAGCCAUUUAGAUAAUCAAAAAUAAAGCCAUCAUGCUAUCAGUCAGUAUGAUUAGACAUAGAGGUCAAAUCCUAAAUAGUAAUAAAUCUAUGCUGUAAUUCUUUGGAUACAAUAAUGAUUUUAAGUUAGAAUUUAUGGAGCAAUUAAUGCCUGAUUCAAUAUCCUCAUUGCAUAAUUAGUUUGUAGAAAGAUAUCUCCAAAGAAAUCAGUUGAAAUCAUAUACUCUCUAAAAUUCUCUUGAAGUUCUCUAGUAGCAGGAGAAUGGGAAAAUUUAAUGUUUAGAAUUGAGUUUUACUGUAAGCAAUGAUAAGUCUGAUUUCAUCUUUAUAUCAUUGUUAAAAAAAGGCAAUUAAGAUAAAGGCUAUAUCAUUUUUGAUCAAUCAGGUAAGAUUACUGGAAUGAGCAAUUAUUUAGAAUAAUUUAAUGAAUUAAAUUCUUAAAUGAAGCAAUACAGUUAUAUAUAAUAUUUCUGGACAGAAUUAUUUUAUAUCAUAAAUAAUAAUGAAUUCCUAAUCGAAAAGGAGGUUAGUUUUGUUGUGAGGUAGAAUAUUCAAAAGAUUGAUAAUCAAUAUAAAAAUUAAAUUUAAUCUGUGUUCAAACUCAAUAAUUAUAGCAAUAUUCCUAAUUUAGAUUAUUUCAUUUGUUCAGAUAGGUCAGAGAAACAUUAGUUAUUAAGUUCAAAGAAUUGUUACUCAAAUCACGAAACAUAUUAAUUUGACUUUUUGGAGCCUCAAUUAUAAGAGAAAUUAAGCCAACUCAUCAAUCUACAUAUUACAGAAAAUGAUGUAACUUUGAAAUUUAAGGUAAAACUAUCAAAAAUUGAACUGAAAGGUCAACUAAUCCAGUAUUAGUUAGAGUUAAACCCAUUAGAGACAAAAGCAGAAUAUGAACAAGUUGAUAAUAUAAAUGAUGAGAUUCUGUAAAUAGAAAAUGUCAAAGCCAAAUCAUUGAAUGAUGUUAGUAUCGUUAGUUCAGAAUAAAAAGGAUAAUAUAUCUUGCAUGAUAUAUUACUCAAAUAAUCGAGCAGCUAACCAUUUUUUCAGAUUUAUUUUUACAAAUUAGUAUUGGUGAUUUUGGUUGUUGUAUUUUUAAUAAUCCAAAUUAACUAAUUAGAAUUUGAUUUUGAUGCAAAAUUAACAUUCACAAAAUAUAUAUGGUCACCUUAGUUGAUGAAUCAAUUUUACAAUAGAGCAUUUCAUUAUGGAUUUAACUAAGUUAUCUAUCAAAACUUAAACCAAUCAGAAUAUUUAAAGAACUCUUUUUCUAAAGAGAAAGAGGCAAUUUUAUAGUAGUUUCGAUCAAACUUCGGUAAACUUUAUUCGGAUUUAAUCAAUAUUGAGUAAGAUUAACAUUCACCUUCGUUUAACUUAACGUUACUAAAAAAUUAAAUAAGUUUUGAAAGUUAUUCUUCAUUUUCUACUGCAAUUAGAGAAAAUACUAUGGGUUUAGUGUCAUACUAAAAAGAAACCAUAUAAUUUAGUAAAUCCUUAUUGUUUUUCAGAUUAAAUAUUAUAUAAGCAUAUUAAAAUACCAUUUAUCUUAUUGAAAAGUUUACAUUAAUUUUAAGUGACUAUACAUCAAAUUUUAUGGUGUUUUGGUAAACCGUUUUAAUUAUAUAGAUAAUAUUAUUUAGCGCACCUUUCAUAAUCAAUAUUAGAAAUUGGUAUUAUUUUGAAAAGAGACAUAAAUAUUUAAUACAAAUCAUUUCAAGGAUCAAUGAAGAUCAAGCAUCUCGAUUGAUUGAGAUCAAACAAUAAUAAAUUUAGUAGUCAGAUAAUGAAAAAUAACAAAUGAAUAUGAGUUAAUCCUAUUAUACAUGUAAAUCUCCUUUGAGGUUGAUACAUUCAACAAUCAAUUAAUCAUCCUAAAAUCUUAGAUCAAGAGAUACAUAACUAUUAUAUGAACGAAUAUAGAAUAAAUCGAUUAGUAUUGUUCUGAAGUUGGCCAUAUCUUUAUUUUGUUACAUUGCAUUAGUUGCAUUAGCAUCUUUUGGCUAUUAUUAAAUUAAGGCUAGUGAUACAUAAUAUAUGCCAAUAGAACAUUUGAUAAAGACUUAUGUUAAAUUCUAAGCUUAGUUAGGGUUCUUGCUAUCUUUUGCAUCAAUUUUAAAAGGGCAACAUAUUUUUGAAGAAUAAUUUAGUAAAAUAAGUGAUCCUGAGAUUGGGGAUUUCAGAAUUUUCUUCCAAGAUGACCAGGUUCCUAAAUACUUUUAAAACAUCUCCUAAACUUAUUAAAAAAAAAUAAUAUCUAUAUUUUCAUCAAUAAUACUGAGUGAUUAAAUUGAUGAAGGUGAUAAGUCACAAUUAUAUGAUCUAUAUAAGGGUGAUUUUUGUGAUUAUUUAAUGGAUGAGUUGCCUUUUUGCAAUAAAUCUCUAACUUCAAAUGAGUUCUAGCUUAAUUAUGGUUCCUUUUACCCUUAUGAGAAUAAUUCAGAUGUCCUGAGAAAAGGGAUUAUUGGAUUUAUUAGUAAUUUGGAUUCAUUAUUUAAAAACGAUUUUGAAGUUGAGAUUACUUAUGGAAUUUAUCAGAAGAAUAUAACUGAUGAAAUAUAGUACUACAAAGAAUUUAAUAACCUUGUCGUUUAGUAUUUUUUUAAUGUUUCAGAUGCUUUUGCAUUAUUUUAUGAAAAGGUAGAUAUUGUAUCAUAAAAUUUCAUAAAGGAAUAGAGAAAUAAUUUAUUAAUAUACUUCUACUCGUUCGGUUUGACAUUUCUGCUUGUGUAUUUCAUUAUUAUACUGUUGCAAAUCAUUUAUUCCCAAAGAAGAUACAAAAAUUAUAUCUUAGCAUUAGUCACAUUAUCUGAAGAUGUAUUAAAUGACAAAACUAAUCUAAGUCUGUUGAAGAGAUUGAGUUAAUGA